AUGACGGUUCCUUCAAAAUAUGUGAUUGAAUUGCUUUUGCUUCUCCUCUUUCCCUUGUCAUCGUCCAUGUGUAUGGCCGAUUUCCACUCUGAUACAGGUGUUCUGUUUUGCCCCAACCACAUGAAAGUUUCUCCUGAUGGUCGACAAGUUGAUCUCGUGAUGGAUCAGUCCUGUGGUUCUGGCUUUCAGUCCAACAAGGCAUUCAUCUUUGGAAAAUUUGACAUUCGAAUGAAGCUCAUCACUGGGAUGUCUGCUGGCACUGUUACUACAUUCUAUCUCAAUUCAACUCUGGGCAAAUGGCACGACGAGAUCGACUUUGAAUUCUUGGGCCACAUUGGCGCCACUCACUACAUUCUGCAGACCAAUAUCUUCACAAAGAACGUGGGUUCCAGGGAGCAAAGAAUUCAUCUCUGGUUCAACCCGACUGCUGACUUCCACAAUUACUCAAUCUUAUGGAACCCCCAUCAAAUAAUAUUUUACGUCGACAACGUACCCAUUAGAGUCUUCAGAACUGGAGCAACGGGAGUUCCUUAUCCAAGCCAGCAGCCCAUGACAGUCUACGGUAGUCUCUGGGAUGGAAGUAAUUGGGCCACUGAGGGUGGGAAAAUCAAAGUAGAUUGGAGUAAAGCUCCCUUUGUAGCCUCUUAUCGCGACUACAACGUUGAUGCCUGCGUGUGGUCUGGGCAUGGUCAAUCAACACGGUGCACCAACCCUAGCCUGCCAUGGAUGAGCCAUACACUUGAUGCAGGCGAACUGAAGCAGUUGGAGUGGGUUCGGAAGAAUUACCUGAUUUAUGACUACUGCACUGAUCCUACGGGGACCAAGCCUGAGUGCUCUGUUUAG